AUGACAAUUGCCACAAAUGUGAAGGCAACCGACUACUGCGAUGGUCCUGCUGUUAGCGGUGUCCGCUACAAUCAAGCUCCACUAGCAACACUUGCAUCUGACGGCCAUCCAUGCAAAGGAGCCCUCAAGGUUGCAAGUGACAGUCGCCUGGACAGCACUCCUUUGGUGGGUGAUAUCGUGGGACUUGAGGUACAUCCUCCAAUUAGCACCGUCUCUCGUAUGAGCGUGGCCGAUCAGUUGGCAGGAGUAAAGCAUACUUUGGACAGGUGCAUUGACGAAGCACUUCAAACCGAUGGUCAGUAA